AUGUCCUCGGUCCAUGUCGGGGGUUCUUACCGGGCCCCCAGCCUCUUGGGAGCCGGCAGCUUUGGCAACAUGUCAGUCACCUCAUCCCGCUUCUCCGCGGGUAUGGGGGGCGGCUACAGCAGUGGCUACACCUGCAACCUGGGUGGGGGUUUUGGAUCUAGCUUUGGUGUGGCAGAUGGCCUGCUGGGGGGCAGCAAGAGCAAGAAGGAGACCAUGCAGAACCUCAAUGACUGCCUGGCCUCCUACCUGGAGAAGGUGCGUGCCCUGGAGGAGGCCAAUGCUGGCCUGGAGGUGAAGAUCCAUGACUGGGACAAGAAGCAGGGCCCUGGGCCUGCCCAUGACUACAGCCACUACUUCAAGACCAUUGAAGACCUGCAGAGCAAGAUCCUGGCGGCUACCAUUGAUAACGCCAGCUUGGUGCUGCAGGUUGACAAUGCCCAGCUGGCAACCGAUGACUUCCGUACCAAGUAUGAGACAGAGCUGAACCUGCGCAUGAAUGUGGAGGCUGACAUCAAUGGCCUGCUCAGGGUGCUGGAUGAGCUGACUCUGGCCAGAGUUGACCUGGAGAUGCAGAUUGAGACUGAGGAGAUGGUCUACCUGAGGAAGAACCAUGAGGAGGAAAUGAACGCUCUUUGAAGCCAGGUGGGCGGGGAUGUCAGCGUGGAGAUGGACGCAGCCCCCGGCGUGGACUUGAGCCGCAUUCUGAACUAGAUGCGAGACCAGUAUGAGAAAAUUGUGGAGAAGAACUACAAGGACGCUGAGGACUGGUUCUUCAGCAAGCUGGGUGGCCGUGAGCGAGCAGGUGAGCUGAACCUCGAGGUGGCCACCAACACUGAGGCCCUGCAGAGCAGCAGGACUGAGAUCACAGAGCGCGGCUGCACGGUGCAGAACCUGGAGAUCGAGCUGCAAUCCCAACUCAGCAUGAAAGCGUCCCUGGAGGGCAGCCUGGCAGAGACAGAGGCACGCUACAGGGCCCAGCUGGCCCAGCUGCAGGGGCUCAUCAGCAGCACUGAGCAGCAGCUGUGUGAGCUGCGCGGUGACAUGGAGCGCCAGAACCAAGAGUUCCAGCUGCUGCUGGACGUGAAGACAAGACUGGAGCAGGAGAUCGCCACCUCUCGCCGUCUGCAGGAGGGCGAGGAUGCCCACCUGACCGCCCAGUACUCCCCGUCCAUGGCCUCGCCGUCCACCCGGGAAGCCACGGUGACCAGCCACCGGGUGCGCACCAUUGUGGAGGAGGUCCAGGACGGCAAGGUGGUCUCCUCCCGCGAGCAGGUGCACCGCUCCACCCACUGA